AUGGCAGGUGAAUCUCCAGAAAUUCAAGAUGUUUCUCCUAAAGAUGGAUCAAGUAACUCAGAAACGCCUUUCACCUCUCCUCUCUGUGAUAACACACGCCAUGACUCAGACUUAAGGGCUCUGGUCGAGGAAAGUGCCUUUCAGAUUUUGUCUCAGCGAUCCUUGAUUAGAAACCCGCACUAUAGACUCUGUGUCUUUGGGCAAAAUGAAGACCACGAUUUCUUCUCUAUGAACUUUCCUAGGAAACUUUGGAAAAUAGUGGAAAGUGAUAAGUUUAAGUCUAUUUGGUGGGAUGAGGAUGGAACUUCUAUAGUCAUUAAUGAAGAACUCUUCAAGAAGGAGGUGCUGGAAAGGAAAGCCGCUUUCAGGAUAUUUGAAACAGAGAGCAUGAAGAGCUUGGUCCGACAGCUAAAUCUCUAUGGAUUCAGUAAAAUGCGGCAGAGUUUCCAGAGAUCGGCUUCUCUCGUUGACUUUCUGGCAGAAGAAAAGGAAGUGUCUGCUUUAAGCAAGCUGCGGUUCUAUCGCAAUCCAAAUUUUGUACGAGGCUGUCCCCAUCUUUUAGCAAGAAUGAGAAGAAGAGUUGGGAUUAAAAAUGCUUCUCCGGGAGCUGCCCCCUUAGCUCCAGAUUUCAAGACCCGCAGAGCAAAGGACAGCGUGGAUAAGCACAAUUCUGAUGCUACUGCUGAAACUAGGGAGGACGUUAGGGUUUCCACCUCUGCACAUUUCAGUGUGCCUCCGACAAGGGAGGCUUCCACAAGCCAGGAGCUUCUUAAAGCAACCAACACAGCCAGAAGGAAGUUUUCUCCAUCAGAGAAAGUUCUGACACAUCACCAGGCUGCUUUAAAUCAGGUGUCCGCUUUCCAUGGGCUCUCACACAGCAUCCGCACUCGAACAAAUGACAACAAAAUGAAUUUCAUUGCAACUUCUACUUGUCAACAACGCAUCCUGCCGCCCUUGCGGAAGGGUAAUUUUGGACUGUGGGUGGAGCCUUCUACUUUUCCAACUGAGUGUCCUCAUUUUUCAGCCAAUAGGGCUCCUAAUUCUAACCAGCUGCCAAGAGGCAGCCCAUCGUUUCCAGCCUCGAAAGAAACUGUGGGGUCUACUGCCUCAUGGUCAGCAUCAUCUCACCAGCCCUCUUCACUACAGCAGCAGCAUACUAACCACAAAUAA